GUUAGAUACAUCACCAAGCGGUUCAUUGGAGAGUAUGACCAUCAAAAGGGAGUAACAUACAGGUGUUGGAAAACUGUGGACAAGGAGACCAUCGAUUUUGAAAUAUUGGACACAGCCAACAAGGAGUCUGUGGGUUCUGCAGCACCUUCUCUUGAGAGAUCCAUUAAAUGGGCCGAUGGUUUCCAAAUUAUGUAUUCCAUCACAGACCGGAGCAGCUUUGAGUCGGUCUCACACUUAAAGAGGAUGAGUAUUGAUCACGUCAAGCAGACCCUGGGCAUACCUACUGUAAUAGUUGUGAAUAAAUGUGACAUGGAGAAUGGUGGUGCAGACAGGAGAAGGAAAGGCCCUGCCAGUGAUCUGAGGUGCAGCUUCUUUGAGUUGUCUGCGGCGGAAUGUUCUGUGGCUGUGAAGGUAGCGGUUGAGAAGUUGGUACGAGAGGUGCGUCUGGAAUACCAGCGCCACCUACUGGCCAUGGACAGUCACUCAUGCUCCCCCGCAGUGGUGGAUCUUCAGGCGAGCGGGCAGGUCUCGUCUUUGGACAUCUCGGAUCCAUCUCCCCUGAAGCUGCAGACUAAGACACCCUAA